AUCAACAAAGAAAAGAAAAAAGAAAAAAAAAAGAAGAAGAAAAGAAUGGCUAAGUUCAUUGUCAUCUUUAUUGUAUUCAGCUUUUUAUUUGCUACUCAAUUUUCCAAUGCAAAGGAAUUAGAAAAUCCAUCAGGUCCAAUCCACAAGGAAGGAGGAGAGGGUUCACUUACUAUUGGACAAUGUCCUGCGGCAUGUAAUGUUCGGUGUUCAGCAACAUCUCAUAAGAAGCCAUGUUUGUUCUACUGCAACUAUUGUUGCAACAAAUGUUUGUGUGUACCAUCGGGAACCCAAAGAGAGCGUGAUCGUGAAAGGGCUCUAGCUCGAACCGGAGGUAAAGGAAAGACUAAAGAUGAUGGGUUAACUCCAGAGCAACGUCGUGAAAGAGAUGCAAAAGCAUUGCAAGAGAAGGCUGCAAAGAAAGCUGCAGCUGCAGCUAGCUCAGGAGGAGGCAAAGGAAACAAUAAAUGAGAAAUUAUGAUCCAUGUUUCAAAUGUUUGUAACUUCUUUCUUUUGAGCCAUUGUUUCUGUGCUUUUGAAAUGUGAAAGUUUGAUGUUUGUGGUUAAUGUUUUGGCUUCGUUUGGAGUUUUAUAUCACUUAGACUUGGACAUGUACUUUCUAUUGA